CCUCGUUUUUGAAUAUGGAACUGAUGAGCCGUGCGGGAGCAAAAUUCGUUGAUGGCGUCAUCAGGUCGACGUCAGUACAAAUAGCAUCUUGGAAUGGCUGCAUUGUGUGAUCAAGCCGAAGGUCAAAAGGGGGUCAAGGCAGCAGUUCACGAAAGAGCGAGCUCUCCCGUCCGCAGGAUCUUUGCGGCGCUGUGACGUCACAGCCAGUGCGCUGGCGGACUCGGCCGGUCGGGCCGAUUUCGGGCUCGCGUCGCCGCGGACAUGAACAGCGUGGGCGAGGCCUGCGCGGACCUCAAGCGGGAGUACGACCAAUGCUUCAACCGAUGGUUCGCCGACAAGUUCCUGAAAGGAGAGCGAGGCGCCGAGCCGUGCGCGGACAGCUUCCGGUUGUACCAGCGCUGCGUGCAGAAGGCCAUCAAGGACAAGGACAUCCCGGUGGACGGCCUCGACUUCAUGGGCCCCGCCAAGGACAAGGACAAGGACGGGGGCCACGGCUGAACACCGUGCAGACGUUCCAGACGCAAAGACCUGGUGCUUUUCGAUCAAAAGAUCUUGGAGGGGACAAACCGAAGGCCCGCGGGGCGCGUCUGCUGAUCGAGCCUGUUCCACAAUGGCAAAAACUGUACAGCACUUAUAUUGCUAACCUUUUUUGUUUGCCAUCGCGAAGUCCUUUUUGAAAUUAAACAAACUUUCAUUGUUUCAGUUCAA